GGCGACGCGAAUUAUCUUUGGCCGGUGAUACCUGUCGACCCGGAAGCAGACUACCAACCAACGCUUCAUCCCUCCUUUCUCUCGUCAAUAUGGCGGCUCCCGCCGUUUCAUACAAGGACCGGCAGUUCCUUGCGGUCAUUGGAGAUGAAGACUCCGUAACUGGUCUCCUUCUCGCCGGUGUCGGUCACGUCACAGAUGGCCCGGAUGCCCAGCGGAACUUCCUAGUGGUAGACGCCAAAACUGAAACCUCCACGAUCGAGAAAGCGUUCCAGAACUUCACCCAGGAGAGGAAAGACAUUGCCGUGGUCCUCAUCAACCAACAUAUUGCAGAGCGUAUCCGCCACAGCGUGGAUACCUUCGCCGAGGCCUUCCCUGCCGUGCUUGAGAUCCCAAGCAAGGAUCACCCAUAUGAUCCUGAAAAGGACAGUGUGCUCAAGCGGGUGCGCCGUCUGUUUGGAGAGUAGAUCUACUGCGCCGUUUCUUUCGACUUAGCAUUGUGUAUGUAUUUCAUCGGGUCGUGUCAUGCACAUCGCAUUGUCUUUAUCUGCCGUUUCGCGAAUUGUACACAUGACGAGAGGAAGCUUGAGGGCAAAGGGAAGAUACCCAAUAUAUCAUUUAUGCACAUAGAGCUUCGUGACUCCAAUCUUGCAGAAGCAUCCCGAGGGAUUAUUCAUUUAUAACGCUGG